GGUCUCGCCAUCGAAUAAACUGCUUAAUACAGAAGUUUUAUGUGUGUGGCAUCGACGAGUAGCACAGUUCAGGCAGCUGACGUCCCAUCCAUGGCUCAACGGACCGCCUCAGGAAUCAUCCGACCGCCAAAAUGGAGGCAGGGGCAAAGGCAGAGGCAGAGGCAGAGAAAGCCCUUUUCUUCAAAGAGCUCGAUAAGCUCGAUUACAUGACAGAUGGGUCCCAGGACCAAGAGGAUGAAGAGUUUUCCAGAAUGAUCAUAGCUUCCCGGAUAGGGGAGUGUUCUGCAGUAUCACGUCCGACGUCUACUGGCCAUCUUCCUCCACCUACGAUUCUCCCACGGGCAAAAACGGAACCCCAGACUGUGAUAUCACGCCCCCAGAGCUCUGGGCGAGAGGGGCCGAUUGUCAUCCAGGACUCUUUUUCAUCUGAAAUAGAAAACUCCACGGUAAUACAGAGAUCACAUCCAACCAGGUCUCUGGGCAAUAUGGUUCAGGUGCCAGCGAGUAAGCGAAGGAAAACCGCUGCUUCUUUCAAGACAGUCCCAGAGAAUCUGCAAAUCUUCAAGGAUCUCACAUUCUUCUUCUUCCCUAACAACGAUAUUUCUCCUCUACGACGUCUACGCAUCCAAAAAGCACAGGAAUACGGCGCUCGGUGGGCGAGAGCUUAUGAUGGGACUGUCACUCACAUCAUAGUUGAUAUGAAUCUUACCUGGGAAGAUUUAGUGACGUAUCUCAAGAUCAAGUCUUUUCCGGUCGGAAUCUCGGUUGUUAACGAGGGCUACCCGGCAGAAUGUAUCACAUUCAGAUCUGUUCUUAGUCCGUAUCACACACGAUUUCAUGUCAAAGGAGCCCCGACAUCUUCCACGAGCGAUAAAGAGGCAACACCGGUCCAAAGUACGGAGCCAGAGUCUUUGCCAUUGAAACCAUCUCGAAAUAAACGCCCUUACUUGCCAGCACAAUCACAAGAUCUUGACAGUCAAGUCGCCACCAGUGCUGUCGUGGAUGAACAGGUUCCUGAACCGCAUAAAGGUAAAGGUGGAGGAGAAAUUAGUCACAACCCCGUUCUUCUUCAAAAACGUGACGCUCUUGAUGAGAUGAUAGAGGCGGCCAAGUUAGCCGAAGAUCUGCCCUUAGAUCCACUAGAACUCGGCGAUGACGAGGAUCCUAUAGAGACCUCAGGAUCAGAGUCGGAAUCACCAACUAAAGACCCCCUCCGUAAACAGUUACAAUCCAAAAUGGGCGACGAGUCUAUUCCGUGGCAGCAGAGAUUCACCUGCAUGCUGAAGCAUGACGGAAGCGUGGAUGUAGACAACCCGAAUCAUCGGACAAUAGAGAUUCUUCAGCAAAUGCUAGACUACUACACCAGGACUGCUGAUACAUGGCGAACGAUUGCGUAUCGAAAGGCCAUCGGUGCUCUUAAGAAGCAGCAGAAGAAAAUCAUAACGAAGCAGCAAGCUCUCUCGAUACCCGGUAUUGGCGAGCGGCUGGCGGACAAGAUCGAGGAGAUUGUGUGCACAAACCGUCUCCGUCGUUUGGAGAACGCGAACGCUACACCUGAAGACAUUGUAUUCCAAAAAUUUAUAGGAGUCUACGGGGCAGGAGUUGCACAGGCGUCAAAAUGGAUCGCGCAGGGGUUUCAGUCGCUGGACGAUUUGAAGGAAAAGGCGCCGUUGACCAAAAAUCAGCGCAUCGGGGUGGAACGGUAUCACGAUUUCGCCCAGCGCAUCCCUCGACAUGAGGUCACCAUGCACGGCGACAUCGUCCGCCGAGCCGUGACAGCGGUUGCCCCGGAGAUGCAGGUCAUCAUCGGGGGCUCCUAUCGCCGAGGCGCAAAGGACUCGGGCGACAUCGAUCUACUCAUUACCGGGCACAAUGCGACGCUCGAGCAAAUCCGAAAGCUCAUGAUAGACGGCGUCGUGCCCUCGCUCUUCGCACAAGGGUUCCUCCAAGCCAGCCUUGCGACGACUUCACGGAACGACGGGUCCAAAUGGCACGGGGCAUGCUCGCUGCCGGGCAAAGACCUCUGGCGACGGAUCGACCUGCUUUUUGUCCCCGGGGCGGAGCUGGGCGCUGCGCUGAUCUACUUUACGGGCAACGACAUCUUCAACCGCAGCCUGCGUCUGCUGGCGAGGAAAAAGGGCAUGUGCCUGAACCAACGGGGGCUCUUCAAGGAUGUGCUGCGCGGCACUGACCGGGUGAAGUUGAACGCAGGCUGCCUGUGCGAGAGCCGAGACGAGAAACGGAUCUUCCAGCUGCUAGACGUGCCGUGGCGGCCCCCCGAGCAUCGCAUAUGCUGACGUGCCCAACACGGCGCUGUGUGCGACAUUUUUUUUCCCCUUCCAUUGCUUUGACGAGUAGUUGCAGAUGCCAGUUAGAUAACAAACCGAAGUCUUGGACAAUCGGA